UGGUCUUCCGAGUCUGGCAGUUUCACUUCUUUCUACUGUUUCAUAAAAUAUUUCUCAUGGUGUUCCGACAAUGGCAACCUCUUCAAAAAUGUUGUAUAUGUUGCAUCAAGCAGUCCAGGAUUAUCCAGUUGUUCUACUGCCAAGUCACCGCAGUUAUAUUGACUUUCUUAUGCUGUCCUACAUCUUGUACGCUUACGAUCUGCCAUUACCGGUUAUUGCUGCAGGAAUGGAUUUUAUGGGAAUGAAAAUGGUUGGUGAGAUGCUUCGAAUGGCUGGUGCUUUCUUCAUUCGACGUACAUUUGGUGGUAACAAAUUGUACUGGGCAGUAUUCUCAGAAUAUGUAAAGACUGUAUUACGGAAUGGCUAUGCCCCACUUGAAUUCUUUGUGGAAGGUACAAGAAGUCGUACGUGCAAGUCUCUCACCCCCAAAUUAGGACUUCUAAAUAUUGUGAUAGAGCCAUUUUUGAAGGGUGAGGUGUUUGAUGUCUUCCUUGUUCCCAUUAGCAUAAGCUAUGAACGAAUACUGGAAGAGUCUCUGUAUGCACAUGAACUUCUUGGAGUCCCCAAACCUAAAGAGUCUACAUCGGGUUUGCUGAAAGCCAGAAUGAUACUCAGUGAACAUUUUGGAAGUAUACAUGUCUUCUUUGGGCAGCCCAUAUCAUUAAGGACUUUGGCAGCUGGAAGAGUAAAUCGAAUUCAGUAUAAUUUGGUGCCAAGGCAUAUUCCUCAGAAAUCAGGGGAUGAUGUACAUCAUUUUGUCAAUGAAGUUGCACACAAAGUGCUGCUUUUUCAGCUGGAAAACAUGGUGUUUAGUCCUUGGACACUAAUAGCAACUGUUCUUCUUCAAAGCCUUCCAAGUAUUGAACUGUCUGUUCUUACUGAAAAGGUGCUUUGGCUGAAAAGAUUGGUGCAGUCAUUUGGAGGAUUCGUAGACUGGCCUGAUAAUUGCCCUGCUGAUAAAGUCAUUGCUUCCAGCUUGGCCAUACACCAUACUACUGCUAAAACCUGUAAUGGUUAUGUUACAUUGCCUGUUCAGCAUAAAGACUAUGGAAUUAAUGAGGAAUACAUUUUCAGAUACGCAGUACAUGUUCUUAUGUGUGCGUCUUACAGGAAUCACCUACUGAACUUAUUUGUGAGGCCCGCUUUGGUGCUGUUUGCAAUGGAAAGCACAAAGAGUCACAAAAAAGAGGAGAUAUAUAAUUAUUUCGUAUUUCUACGUGAUUUGUUUUCUGAUGAGUUCAUCUUUCCAGCAGGGACAGCCAUAAAGGACUUUGAAGAAGGAUGCUUUUUGCUUGGCAAAUGUGAAGCUGUUGAGAUGUUACAGCAAGAUAUCUUCUUUACUGAUAAUGGAAGCAGUAUUACACUUUUCUUGACUGCCAUGUUCCAGCCCUUUUUGGAAGGUUACUUGACAUAUUGUAAUUAUCUGACACUGGAAGCAAGUGAGCCCUUUACUGAAAAGCAGUUUAUUACUGGAGUCCGUCAGUUUACCUUUCAGUUACUUCUUACAGGUUAUUUGAAAUUUUAUGAAGUGCUUUCUUCUGACAUGCAGAAAAAUGCCAUGGCAGCUCUGGUGCGGCAAGGUAGUCUUCAUAAACUGAAAAUGAGUAAUGGAAUAACCUAUCAGGUGGAUAGAGAGGCAGUUUCCAGGACUGCAGACAUGCUUGGUUCUAAGGUGCCUGUAAGAAAACAUUUUGUGCCACGUCUUUAAUAAAAUACAUCAUGGAUGGAUGACCAUUUUCUAUUCGCACUUUCAUAACUUGAACCAAACAUAGGACCAGUUGUCAAAAACCUGAACAUAAAGCAUUAGUGGAAUUUCAGAACUGUUUUUUUUUUUAAAGACAUUUUGUACUAUUAAAGUUUCUUGGGUGGGAUGUUUAUUAUUUUGAUGGUAUACAGCAUGUUGUUUUUAAAUGCUGUGGGGUUUGUAAAUCUAAGCUUAAGUUUUGUAACCUAUUUCUACACUUGCUUUGUUAAUUUAUUUUGUUGUCAGAGUGCUGAACAAAAUUGCUAAUUAUAAUUAAACAGUAUUGGUUGAAAAAAGAAAGUAGAUUAUGUAUGUAUUGUAUAUAAUAAAAAUAAAUGCAGCUUGUGCAGCAUUGAGUA